AUGGAGAAGGAGGAGGCCGUUGGUACGGCAGCGGCCGCCGAAUCCCAUGGGACCGCAGCGAAGCGAGCACGGAGUGUCGACUGCGGGACCACCACCGACGAUUUCAUCAGCAGGCUCCCCGACGCCAUCCUCGGCACCAUCAUCUCCCUCGUCCCUACCAAGGACGGCGGCCGCACGCCGGUCCUCUCCCGCCGGUGGCGCCACCUCUGGCGCUCCGCGCCUCUCAACCUCGAGGUCAGCACCCGACCCCCAGGCGUCCCCACCUCCUCCCGCGUCCCACCCUCCGCCGUCUCCGAGAUAAUCUCCAAGCACCCUGGCCCCGCCCGCCGAUUCUACUUCCUCUGCCGCGGCGCCGGCGAGGGCGGUCUCCACGCCCAGGCGGCGAGCUGGCUUCACUCCCCGGCCCUCGCCCACCUCCAGGAGCUCGAUAUCAGCUACGCCAACCCCCUGCUUCUGGGAUCAGUGCUCCGCUCUGCGUCCACCAUCCUGGUUGCCAAGAUCGACCAUUGCGAUUUCCCCAUCGAGAUCGUGCCGCCCAUGAAUUUCCCCAAUCUCAACAAGCUCACCCUGUUUAACAUUUCCAUCUCCGAGGAGGUCUUCCACAGACUGCUCUCCGGCUGCCAUGCCUUGGAGAGCUUAUACAUGGCCGAUUUUCAUGCUCCGGAUCGCCUCCGUGUUAUCUCGCCGACUAUUAGGAGCAUCAUCUUCCGUCAUAGUUCUAGUACUAGUAAAAAAGUGGAACUGGUCAUCGAGGAUGCUCCUCGUCUUCUAAGGUUACUAUUAACUGAUUGUAACCGUGAUGGUCGCGUCACUAUCAGGGUAAUUAGGGCGCCUGAUCUGGAGAUAUUGGGCCCUUUCUUAGUGGUCGUCUCCAAGCUCCUACUCUUCAAGGGAAUAAGCUCAGUCAGCUCCACAAACUCGAUGAGCACUGUGAAGGUUUUUGCUCUCAGGUCUUCUGGAGAUAGACUGGAUGCAGUUCUUAACAUCCUCAGGUGGUUCCCCUGUUUGGAAAAGCUCUAUGUCACUUUUCGUCGAUGUAGGGAUAAGAGAACUGAGCCUCCAUAUGACCCACUACAUCCAAUCGAAUGCCUUGAGACCCAUCUAAAAAAAGUAGUGUUCAAGUUAUUCUUGGGCUAUGGGAAACAGCUUGAAUUUGCGAGGUUCUUUGUAUUGAAUGCAAAGCGCAUGCUGCUACAAGUGGAAAACAGAGCUUCCCGAGAUGCUCGGUUUGAAUUCAGGAUUAGCCCUACUAAAUCUGGACUGAUCGACAUGUGUUGA